UGGAGACAGCCACACCCAUACACCCACACCCAAAUACUGCCUGACAGAGGAAGAGGACAGCCCGAUUAAAUACUGAAAAUACUGUUCGAAAAUCCCCUUCACUUUCCUGUGAAUCUGGGACUCACCUUGGCAGGGAUUUAAGAUGACAACGUCUACAGGAGAAGUCGCAAGCUACAGUGACUGGAUGUCGCAACUAGCACCUGAACUCCACGACACUCCUCUCUAUAAACUGGCCAUACCAGGUAGCCAUGACUCAAUGAGUUAUGACUUGGACAUCAACUCCGCUAUAAUAGAACCCGACAGACUGAAACAAUUUAGCCCACUAUUAUAUAUACGUGAACUAGUGCGCACAGCGGCGACUACUCAGGAUGUGACUAUCACACAGCAGCUGGAUGCAGGAGUUCGCUACUUUGACCUGAGGAUCGCUCACAAGACAAAUGACCCAGAGCCCAAUAAGUUUUACUUUUAUCAUGGGCUGUGCACACGGACUGAUGUGGAGACUGUUCUCAGGGACAUAAAUGACUGGGCAGAGAAGCACCCCAAAGAGAUCCUCAUCCUGGCUUUAUCCCACUUCAAAGACUUUAACAACAACAUCGAAGAGCUCCACCAAACUCUUAUCGAAUCCAUCAAGACUGUGUUUGGAGCCAAACUCCAUAACAAGGUAUCAACACAGGACCCCUUCCCAACCUUGAAGAGUUGCUGGGACAAAGGCACAAAUGUCAUAGUUUCCUAUGAUUAUUCUGCAAGUCAGGAGCCCGAGUUAUGGCCUGGAAUAACUUAUUACUAUGGCAAUAGUAUGGACCCUGCAACGGUUGAAUCAAAGCUUGAAUCAGAGCUUCGUAUGAGAGGGCCUGACGCACAGGGUUUCUUUGUGUGCGGCCUGAACCUGACACUGCCAGAAGACUUCUGGGUACUCAGGUACAUCUUUUUUGACAACCCUACCAACGUCCUACAGAGGAGUCUGCCAAGGAUGCUGCAGUGGUUAAAACAGCAAUAUAGCCAAACACCUUAUAUGAACAUAGUUGCCUCAGACUUGGUGACUCGUGACGACUUUGUCUCAACGGUUGUCCAGCUCAACAAGCCUACUCCAAAAUGUGUGGAAGCAUAAUGGAAGCUCAACUUCAUUUCUUUCUUUUUCUCUUUCUUUCUUUCUUAGUUUCUCAUUGUGCAAUAGGGCAGACUAUGCAUACUUGACACUGGUCGAUGAUAUUGUGGACCUGGAAGGGGCGCUGUGUAGCCUACUGUUGGGGAGGGAGGCUAGUCUAUAUGUAGGCUAUGUAGCUCAACUGUUACAGGCUAAUGGGGGUGCAUGUUAUGAAAUUGUUUAAUCACUGUAUAUAGAUAUGGGGCUGGGUUGCUGUCUAGUGGAGUGGUUUUCUUUUCUUUUCUUUUUUUCUUUAAGACUUUUAGUGGGUGUUUUUGGUGUAGCCUAUGCAUGCAUGUGUCAUACAUCAACACCCCUCUGUGAGUCUAGAUGGGUGGAUUUUACAGUAGGUUUUACAGUUAACAUUAUCCUAUGCAAGCCUACUGGUGUUUUUAAGUGAGUUGUUUUUUAAAGAACAUCAAAAGUAUUUCUUCUUUUUUUUUUCUAUUCAUUCUCUUUCCAUCUUUAACAUUUACUGUCUUGCUCUUGCACUAAACAUUGGUGUAUUAUGAGAAGAACCAACACACACUUUGUUUUAAAUGUCCUCAAUCUGUUGGAGCGCCAUCAUGUGUCAACUCAUGGUAUUGCAAUAAAAUGUUCACCUCA